GGACAUUUUUUAUUACAUGGUCUAGUUGUGGUUGAUGGGGUCUUAGCUCUUUUUGACGGAGCAGUAGUUAUGGUAGUAAAUGGAGUCUUAGUUUUUUUCGAUGUAGUAGUUUUGGUAGUUGAUGGAGUUUUAGUUUUCUUUGAUGAAGUAAUAGUUGUUGUAGGAGUGGUAGUUGAUGGGGUAGUAGUUGUGGCAGAGGUGGUAGUUGGUGUAGUAGUAGUUGUAGGAGUGGUAGUUGAUGGAGUAGUAGUAGUUGUAGAAGUGGUAGUAGUGGUUGAUGGAGUAGUAGUUGAUGGUGUAGUAGUUGUGGUAGUUGAUGGAGUAGAAGUUGUGGUAGAUGGAGGGCUAGUAGUAGUAGAUGUGGUAGUUGUGGUAGAUGGAGGGGUAGUUGUGGUUGAUGGAGGGGUUGUUGUGGUAGAUGGAGGGGUAGUUGUAGUUGAUGGAGGGGUUGUUGUGGUAGAUGGAGGGCUAGUAGUAGUAGAUGGAGUAGUUGUGGUUGAUGAAGGAGUAGUUGUGGUUGAUGGAGGGGUUGUUGUGGCAGAUUGAGGGGUAGUUGUCGUAGAUGGAGGGGUAGUUGUGGUUAAUGGAGGUGUAGUUGUGGUUGUGAUGAUUGUUGAUAGUGUAGUUUUCGUUGAUUGACGUGUAGUAGAUUUUGUCGAUUUAGUAGAUUUUGUUGUUACAGGAGUUGUAGUUGUUUUAUGUUUGGUCGAUGUAGUUUGUUUUGGUGUUGUGCUUCUUUUUGUUGGAGCUAUAAUAUUUUUA